GGAAACAGUUGCAUAUGAAAUGUAUGGCAACAAGGAACACAGCAGAGGACUUAAUAAAGUACAGAAACGAUAACUCCACUUUGGAAAUUGUAGAUAAAUUCUUUUGGGGGAAAGUCAUGGACAAGCAGGCAAUCUUUGGAUCACGUUAUUGCUAAUCAAGCUUUAAUUCAUCUGAGUUACUGCCAGAGGAAUUUAGAUUGCUGAAAACUGCCCCUGGAGUAUAUUCAGUUAAAGUCUAUCUUGAUUUCACAGUUUGAUCCAGAUGCAUCAGCAGCAUCUAAAACUCCGGAAUUAUUGUCAAUAUUGGCCUUCUGAACUUCCAGUCUCAUAUUAACCAUGGCAAGAGUCGUAGCCCCUCCAUCUUCUAUAACAAAUCAAACUCAAAACCAAACCUGUGAUCUAUAUGAACAUCAAAAUUCAGCACGUAUCUUAUUGCCUAUUUUCUACAGUGUUAUUUUCAUAAUUGGAGUACUUGGAAAUGGACUUGCUCUUGCUGUGAUUGUUAAAAAUAGGAAAAAGAUCAAUUCUACUACUAUUUACUCAACAAAUCUUGUUGUGUCAGAUAUUCUUUUUACAACAGCUUUACCUACAAGAAUAGCAUACUACGCACUGGGUUUUGACUGGCCAUUCGGAGAGGAACUCUGUAAAAUCACAGCCCUUCUCUUUUAUAUCAACAUUUAUGCCGCUGUGAAUUUUAUGACAUGCUUGAGUAUUGAUAGAUUUGUAGCUGUGGUUCAUCCUUUAUACACCAGGAUCCGAACAGUUAAAAGUGCCACAUACAUUUUUUGCUUUGUGUGGUUUCUUGUACUUGCUCAAACUCUCCCACUGCUUACACUACCCAUGUCACACAAAGAAGGAACAAAGGUUACGUGCAUGGAAUAUCCAAACUUUGAACAAAUUAAACAACUCCCCCAGAUACUUCUUGGUGCCUGUUUACUUGGAUAUGUAAUUCCCCUUGGGAUUAUAAUAAUCUGUUAUUCAAAAAUCAGUUACAAACUCUGUCAAACUGCAAAAGAAAACCCACUGGCAGAAAAAUCAGGAACAAACAAAAAGGCAAUUAAUAUAAUUAUCUUUAUCAUUGUUGUGUUUGUAAUCUGUCUUACUCCAUAUCAUCUUGCCAUUAUUGUAUACAUGAUUAAGAAGCUUAUACAAGGAAAUACUAUUGCAUGCAGUCAACAAAAGACCUUUCAGAAGACUCUCCACUAUACUGUGUUCCUGAUGAAUUUAAAUUGCUGCAUGGAUCCUUUCAUCUAUUUCUUUGCUUGCAGAGGAUACAAAAGAACGAUAAUGAAAAUACUGAGGCGUCAAGGAAGCAUUUCAGAAUCAAGUGCUGCCAGAACUGUUCCUGAUGAAAGUUCCCGUGAUAUUGGAGACACACAACUAGCUCCCCUUUCAGCAACUUUAAAUGGAAAAAGAUGAAUGCAACCCCUUACAUUUUCAACAUGCCUCCAGAAUCUUGAUUUCAGAACUGUUGGAAAUAGCAACAACCAUAACAGCAACAAAGGCAAAUAAGAAAGAAAAAUGGAAUUGUACAUUUUAAAAGAAUCUAAUAUUUUGAUUUUUCAGGAGUGAAGCAGAGGAUGGCUCAUACAACACAUCAUUAUCACAGAAACAAACAAAAUAAUGAUAUCAUAAAACCCCAAAGUAUUUUUAUCUUGCUCUCAUGUUGUGUUUUUUCCCCCAAAGUAAUAUGUACUGUGUAUUUCCAUUUUGGGACCCCAGCACCCAAGGCAGAAAGCUAGUUCUCAAGAGAAAAGUAACCAACUUAAUGGAUUUGAAUGACUAGGCUCCAAACAAUAGACCUUGGACUGGCAAAAUAACAAGCGACAGACAUACAAAAGGGAAUAUUUAAUAUUUGCUUUUUCAUAUAUAAUUACCUAUAUAAAAUCAUUUAAUUAUAAAAAGUUUUGCUUCUCAGGAGGAAGCGUGUAGAUAGUUUUAGGUAAUUUAGUAUACUGUUAGCAAACAAUCCCCAAGCCUUUAAAUAACUUAUUGAAUACUGGAUCCUGUGUUUGGGUUGAUUAUUCCAUGAUAAUUUUAAUAUAAAUUUAAGAUAUAUCACCUAUAUAGCUUAUAGAUCAUGUAACAAAAUAGCUGAACCUCUAGGAUGGAAGGCUGAAGGUCUGAAAUCUUCUCUCCCAGAAGCCCUGUGGGUUUUCACAACUAGGCGCUAUCUCCUGCCUCGAAGCAGUUACUUGUAGUUCCUGCUGCUACCACCUAUCUUCUGGGAGUGCUUCACUUGGUGUCCUUUCCCAAACCCUGGUAUGGGAGUAAAAUAAGGAUUUUACAACCUCUGCCACCCUUCUGUCUAUUAAAAGGUAAAAAAAAAAAAAAAGGUGAAAUCAUUUCAGCAGUACCACUUUCUUGUGGCCCUGCUGACAAGGUGCCUGGGAAGAAUUCCUUUCAAAUAUAUUUCUAUUGCCCCCCCCCAAAAAGGAUAAAUACAAAUCAUUUCUGCUAUAUUAAUAGUCAGACAAUUGGUGACAUGACGCCUAUUUAAGAAGAUAAGAACACUGUCUACCUUAAAUCGGGCUACUCUCCUUGGGCUAUGAAGUUUGGACAACUUUCAGACAGCUGCAAAGGGUUAAAGCUUUUCAUUUCUCCUUCCUGCCAUCUACUGAUUUCCUCAGCCCCAAUACGGUGGUCUUAUUUAUCAACAAUGCAGCUGAUCAAAAAUAUAUUUUACACAUAUGCUGUGUUCAAAUCUAUAAAUAUGCUUCAUGCUGACAUAGAACAGAGUAUAAGACCACACCAGCUAGACAGUUGAUAAACAACCAAAGAAACGGGAUCAAGAUGGUAUAGUAGAAAAGAGGAUUUUUUUCCUAUUUAGUGGGAAGCCAGUCAGUGAUCUAUCCAACAAAAAAAAAAAAAAAAAAAAACCCCAUAACUGGUUAGUUUCUAUAAUUAUGUAACAAACAAAAUGGAGAAGUAGGGAGGCUGGCUGUUUAUCUUCUGCAAUAUCUGCUUUCAAGAAUUCUUUGUUGCAAUCUUGUUUUGUUUUAAUACUGGUUUGUUUUACACCAGUUCCUUUUUAUCUUAAUCAUAGAACUGUUGUAUCUUCUAUGUUUCUAUAUAGGUGCUCUCCUCUUUCAGAAUAAGGGUAUUCUUUCUUGGAUGGCCUUGUUCUUGUAAACCUAAUCAUAUGUACAGACAGCUUUGUUUUUGCUAGAACUAAGAGAGAUAAGAUGUAAAAAGCAAGCAAAUUUGUUUUAAAAAGUUCAACUAUUUUGUAAAAGAAUAGAUUGGUUCCUGAGCAAUUAGGUGCAAAAUUCAAGUUUAUGCAUGAAUUGAAAAUUUCAGUAAGGGGGGAAAACACAGAAAGACAAUUGCUGAAGUAACAGUGUUUUUGUUAGAAUUAUUAUACUUAAGAUUUGUUUAUAAAUACAAGUUACUAUGAUAAGGAGUAAUACUUGGUUUAAUAACACAUUAAGUUUCCUAUUAAGCUGCUCAGAGGAAAAAGCAAUAAUCAGGACACAAUGUUUGAUGGCACAAUAAAAGUUUGCUGGUAUGUUUCA